UCGGCACGGCUGGACAAGGGCACCACACUCCUCACCCAUGCUGCCAGUGCUGCUGAUGUUCUCGUGGCUGCCUUCGGGAGGUGCCCUGUCUCUGGCCCAGGAGCGCCUCCCAGCCUUUCCGGGACCCUCAGACGCACACUCCAGCACGGACAUCUCCAGAGCCCAGGAGUUUCGGAAACACUACGAACACCUGCAGACCAGGCUGCGGUUGAACCAAAGCUGGAGUGAUUCAAACUCUGACCUCAUCCUUACAGCUCCAGUCCGGAUACUCACUCCAAAGCUGCGACUGGGACCGGGCGGCCACCUGCACCUGCGCAUCGCCCUGGCCGACCUGACCGAGGGGCUCCCCGCAGCCUCCCGCCUGCAUCAGGCGCUGCUCAGGCUGUCGCCGACGGAGCACAGCUCGUGGGACGUGACUCGGCCGCUGCAACGUCAGCUCAGCCUUGGACGUUCCAGGGCCUCCGCACUACACCUGCGACUGCUGCCUCGGUUGGACGGGUUGCGAGCAACGUUACCUUCCGCACGUCCCCAGCUUGAGCUGCAUUGGCGGCCAAGCGCGGCCAGGGGGCGCCGCGACGCGCAUGCGCACGCCGGAGACGGUUGCCCCCUCGGGGAGGGACGCUGUUGCCGCCUGCAAAGCCUGCGCGCGUCGCUCGAGGACUUGGGUUGGGCCAACUGGGUGGUGGCGCCUCGCGAGCUAGACGUGCGCAUGUGUAUUGGCGCGUGCCCAAGCCAGUUCCGGUCGGCUAACACGCACGCGCAGAUGCAGGCGCGCCUGCACGGCCUGAAUCCCGACUCCGCGCCUGCGCCAUGCUGCGUGCCCGCCAGCUAUGAGCCGGUGGUGCUGCUGCACCAAGACAGCGACGGUCGCGUGUCGCUUACGCCCUUCGACGAUCUCGUAGCCAAGGACUGCCACUGUGUAUGA